CACUAUCCAUGCUGAGCAUGCUUGAAAAAUCUUAAAUAUCAAAUGAUGCUACCAAUUUCACUUUGUCGGAACAGUUUCCACUUAUAAAAACUGGUCAUGUAAGAGUAUCAUAUAUAUAAUUGCAUCCAGCUAACACCCUCCAAAGCUUCCUACUUAUUUCACAAACACCCUGUGUCUUAUCUAUGGUUGUCUAUGGAUUGUCUGGUAUGGUUUCUUAUUUAUAAGUAAUGCCAAAACUAAAAUAUGGUAUUUCGGUAUUAAUCAUUACAAUAUGUUACAUACAAAAUUACUGCUAUUACAACCUGAUGUGAUAACUAUAGGUUUACCCCAGUUUGUUGUUAACUCUUUUCAUAUGGCUAAACUUGACAAUUCAAAAAUUGAUCUAAGCAAAAUUGAUUCUAAAUUACAAAAUGCUUUGAUGCCAUUUCAGAAAGAAGGUGUUUAUUUUGGAAUAGAUAAAAAUGGAAGAUGUCUUAUCGCUGAUGAUAUGGGUCUUGGUAAAACAUUUCAGGCCUUAGCAAUAGCUGACUAUUAUAGAGAUGACUGGCCUAUUUUAAUAGUAACAACUUCAUCCACAAAAAAUAUCUGGGAAGAAACAAUUCAUAAAUUUUUACCUUCUGUUUCUAUUAUGGAUACACAAUAUAUGGUUUCAACAAAAGAUUAUAUAGGUGACACAAGAAUCUUGAUCACUAGUCAUGACAUGAUGACUCGAGCUUUAUCAAAACUGGUUGAAAAACGAUUUGGUAUCAUUAUUAUUGAUGAAUCCCAUGUAUUAAAAAAUUUUAAAGCAAAAUGUACAAAGGCUGCAAUAGAAUUGUGCAAAAUUGCUCGCAGGGUAAUAUUAUUAAGUGGAACACCAGCCCUUUCUAGGCCUAGUGAGCUGUACUCUCAGCUUUCUCUGAUCGAUCACAAAUUUUUUGGUAGUUUCUAUGAAUACAGUAAAAGAUAUUGCGAUGCAAAAGCAACUAAAUUUGGUUGGGAUGCAACUGGAAAGUCAAAUCUUCAAGAACUAGAAUUAAUAUUAAGUAAACAUUUCAUGAUACGACGCACUAAGGAUGAGGUUCUUAAAAGUCUUCCUGAGAAAAAGCGACAAGUAGUUACUUUGGACGUGGAUUUAAAGCAGUUAAAGGAAGAUGAGCAAAUCCACUUUAAUACCUUAGCUUCCAAAUGUAAUAAACUAAAAAUGGGCCCAGAUAAACAAGGUGCACUGUUAUUGUUUUUUGCUGAGACAUCUAAAAUUAAAAUACCAUCAGUAAGGAACGUAAUUGCCACCGUUUUUGGAGUUUGUGAAGACCACCAAGGAGGGUGGAGUAGGUGUAUUCUAGUCAGGUCUAACAGGCCCCUGAGCUCGUUCUGCGCGAUGGUUAUCGGGUUGGGGGAAGCUCUUAUGGGACGUCUGGCGUCGACGUGA